GUGCCAUUCAUAUUUCCUUUGUUGACCCCUUUGUCAAGCCAAUUAUUCCUCAUAUUCCUUUCAUUUUAUUUUUUUCACGAAAAAGGUCUCUCACCCAAAGAUUUCAGAUCGGAAAUACUCUCUUUCGGCCCUCAUCUCUCGAGAGCAAACCCUCAAAAAAUUCUCCUCGGAUCAACUCUCACCGCCGGCGUAAAUUACAGCACCUGAACUCGCCGGCGUCGUCCAGCCACAACCCACAACUGUGCGCCGAGUCCGCCGCGAACAGCACCUGAUCGUGAGUCGCGAGCACCAGCAGACCGGAAUUCGCAACGCCUGACAGCCACCUCGACCACUGCGAACAGCCGCGCCGGGAGGCCGAACCACAAUAGCCCAUCCUCAGACUUGCGUGAUUAUUUGCUGGGUGUAGGGCUGCAGUUUGAGCCUACCUGGGAAAACGUAGCAGUUUGUUGAACCUGAAAUCGGCAAAAAUGGUCUCCUUCGAGAUGAACGAUCGAAAAAAAAUUGGCCUUGGUUUGACGGGGUUUGGAGUUUUCUUUUCAAUUUUGGGGGUCAUCUUUUUCUUCGAUAAGGGACUGCUGGCAAUGGGAAACAUACUCUUCUUGGCAGGGGUGAUGUUAACCAUUGGCCUUAAGUCAUCCAUGCAGUUCUUUAUGAAACGCUCGAAUUUUAAGGGGACUAUAUCAUUUGGUGUUGGCUUUUUCUUAGUCAUUAUCGGGUGGCCCAUAAUAGGAAUGAUUGUUGAGGCUUACGGAUUCGUAGUGUUGUUCAGUGGUUUCUGGCCGACACUGGCUGUCUUCCUCCAGAAGAUUCCUAUUAUUGGUUGGCUCUUCCAGCAACCUUUUGUCCGAUCGUUGUUCGAUCGUUAUCGGGGGAAAAGAGUACCUGUAUAAGUUGGUUUUUUAGGAAGAAUUUGAGUGAAGUCACUUUCAAGGCCUGUGAAAUCCUGUUUAGACCAAAAGUUUGUGAACCUAAUGACAUUUUGGAACUUGUUAUUUUGGGUUCUCAUUUUGCAAUACAAUCUUUAUAAGAAAAGGUAUGCCAAUCACCAGCAAACUGGAUGUUGAGAUUUAUUUUUUUUAAUAUUACAUACUGGUUGCUCAACUCAUUGGGUGCAGCAUAUAUCAAAUGUUGAAGCCAAUCUUAA